CAUCUAGCGGAGAAUUGAGCUGUCAGACGGUGAUUUUGUGGCGUCACUUUUUCCACACUAAAAGUGAAUUUUCUUUAUUUUUCGUGGAAAAUUCCUGUGAAAUCCAAUGUCUCAGCGUUUUCCGCCCUCCUCGGGGGCUCCUGUACCACCCGGCGGGCAGCCUCGCUACCAGCAAGCCCCUCCACCGGGCAGCAUGAGACCCUAUGCUGGACCAAACUUUCCGCAGCGUGGGUUUACUCCUCCGCCCCAAUUGGGAUCUGGCCCACCUCCUGGUGGCCCAAUGCACCCUCGAACGCCACAGCCUCCCUUCCAGGGGCCCAUGCGUUCAACAAUGCCCAGUACUCCGGGUGGGAAGCGCCCACAGGACAGCCGAGUGGGAUCCAUGGGGAAUCCGCAGCAGAAGAGUGAGUAUGGACCGUCGAAGAAGAAGAAGAAGCUGGCAGAUAAGAUUCUGCCGCAGAAAGUCAGGGAUUUGGUGCCUGAAUCGCAGGCUUAUAUGGAUCUGUUGGCAUUUGAGCGAAAGCUCGAUGCUACCAUCAUGCGGAAGCGUCUAGACAUCCAGGAGGCCCUGAAGCGUCCCAUGAAGCAGAAGCGGAAGCUGAGGAUUUUCAUUUCGAACACCUUUUACCCGAGUAAGGAGCCAACGGAGGGUUCAGAGCCAGGAGCUGAGGGUACUGUGGCUUCGUGGGAAUUGAGAGUUGAAGGACGUUUGCUGGAGGACACCAAGAGUGAUCCCAAUAAGAUCAAGAGGAAAUUUUCGUCAUUCUUCAAGUCGCUGGUCAUUGAACUGGACAAGGAACUGUAUGGACCGGAUAAUCAUCUGGUGGAGUGGCAUCGUACGCAUACCACUCAGGAAACCGAUGGAUUCCAGGUGAAACGUCCUGGCGAUCGCAAUGUUCGCUGUACAAUUCUCCUGUUGCUGGACUAUCAGCCGCUUCAAUUUAAACUGGAUCCGAGACUUGCUCGACUCCUCGGGGUGCACACUCAGACCCGUCCGGUCAUCAUCUCAGCCCUGUGGCAGUACAUUAAGACGCAUAAGCUGCAGGAUGCUCAUGAGAGGGAAUUCAUCAAUUGUGACAAGUAUUUGGAGCAGAUUUUCACGUGCUCUCGCAUGAAAUUCGCAGAAAUCCCUCAGCGACUCAAUCCCCUUCUCCAUCCUCCGGAUCCCAUUGUCAUCAACCACGUGAUCUCCGUGGAAGGAGGGGCAGAGAGUAAGCAGACAGCCUGCUAUGAUAUUGAUGUGGAAGUCGAUGAUACCCUGAAGAAUCAGAUGAAUAGCUUCCUCCUAAGUACAGCCAGUCAGCAGGAGAUUCAGGGCCUGGACUCAAAGAUUCACGAGACCGUAGAGACGAUCAAUCAGCUCAAGACAAAUCGGGAGUUCUUCCUGAGCUUCGCCAAGGAUCCACAGACAUUCAUUCACAAGUGGAUCAUCAGCCAGACCAGAGAUCUCAAGACCAUGACGGACGUUGUGGGGAAUCCGGAAGAGGAACGCCGAGCAGAGUUCUAUUAUCAGCCCUGGACUCAGGAAGCAGUCUCAAGGUACUUCUACACGAAGGUCAAUCAGAAGAGGGCAGAAUUGGAGCAAGCUCUGGGCAUUCGCAAUUCCUAAAAUGGAUCUCUUAAAGGGGACGAUUUACAUUUUUUCCUGCCCAUUCCCCCGAUAAAUUUUCAUCCGCGGAAAAAAAAACAGAGAAAUGAUAGUGUGAACUUGGUGAGGCAUUAUCUCGAGGGGAGUUGCAGGAAUAAUUCCAGAGAAACUCGAUAAGGCGUAAGUUUUAUCUUCAAUUGCAACAAAAAUAGUAAUAUCUCCACAUUUUUUUUUUGCAACAUUUAUAACUAUAAUCCAACGUAAGAAGAAAGUGAAAAAUUAAAUAAAGGCGCGUCUACACAUUGGGAGCAAUUUUCGUCAAAAAUUGCGUUUUUUGACAGAAAUUUGACGUUUCCCCCAACAACGCUGCAGGGAAUUUCCUUCAAAAAAGCAAUUUUUGACAGAAAUUUGACGUUUCUCCUACAAUGCUGCAGGGAAUUUCCUUCAAAAAAGCAAUUUUUGACAGAAAUUUCUCCCAAUGUGUAGAGGCCAUAAGGGAAA